GAACCUCUACCACCACUCAGUAUAUAGCAUAGUCAAUAUAAGAUAGAAUUCUCGCAGUUCUUACUUUACCACAAACGCUUCUCUAUUUUCCCCCAUACUCUAUAUUCUGACCGACACCCUCAUCUCUUCGGACACAGCUAUUUUAUUUGCACUUUACAACAAGCGACAACUUCGGUAUAUCAACUUCAACAUCUUUCUAGGCGCGAAAAUGACUUACUCGCAACCAAACAUGCAAACCAGCGAUGACCUCGCUGCGCUGUUCUCUCGUAACCUAACAUUACAACCUCGGCCAGCCCAGGCUCCUCAAGAAACACCGAGAGUGCAAGAGCCAGGAAUAACAUAUUCCAUUUCCCAACACUACCACCAUUCUGCCCAUAUCGCCCACCAAGACGACUCACAAGCGGAACUCCAGAGACGAUCAUCAGAGCCGCCACAAACACAGCAGUUUUCUAUAGAGUCCAUUCUAAACUCAUAUGGUAUCGAUCAUACUGCGCUUUCUGCAGCGCAAAUGCAACUCUUCAAGACAGCCGAGGAUAAUCAAAAGAUGCGUUUGAUCGAGCUAUGGCGAAUCUGUCCCCCUGCUGGUUCCCAUGAGAACCCAGCCGUUGCUUGGACUAGCACGACGGUCGAACAAGAACAGCUCCUCGCUCAACUGCGCUACGAGAGAAGAAUGGCCGAAGAGGAGCAGAAAAAUACCAUGAUGUCUCUGGAUGGUACACCCCUGACGCCAGUUCAGACCGGAGACGGGCGAUGGGUCGCCACAUGUGACGUGGAACCCUACAUGAUGUCUGGCUACGAGGCUUUAGCUCGGCGCGAAUAUGAAGAGUCUGCAAGGCAACAGUACGAGGAGUCUAUGGAAAGACCUAAAGAUGUUUACAGUCAUUUUGGUACCGCUAUUGGUGGCCCCAACUACCGUCCAGCGACGGACCCCGUCUACGAUAACGACUGGAUGAGAAAGCAGCAAUCCAUGGAGAACCAAUACGGAGUCUUUCAACAGAUGGAUGAUAUGCACCUAUAGUGCUACUUUGAAUGUAUAUAUCCUUCAUCAGGUUAGCACAGAACAGAUCAGCAUAGUUUACUUUGACUAGGUAGAUAUCACGCGGGGAGAC